AUGUCCAGUGUGGUGGAAGAGGGGCCUGCUGAUCAGUCUCAAUUUGAAAGAAAUAAAAUACUCAUACGAGGGCUGAGUGAGAAAACUUUCCCGGACGGACUGGUGAACUUUAUCGAGGCAAGGAGUGGCGGAAAAGAGGUGAAGGACGUACAGAUGCUGAAGAAUGGAAAAGCCUUGGUCACCAUGGCUGAUGAAAUCAAAGGUACGUAUCUUUCAAUUGAAUUUGGAGAGUUAGCAGGAAUUUCUUUAUCGUACUUCGUUGAUCCGUUCGCGAGUUAUCGGAGAUGAAAGCUCACGCCGGCUCAGUUUCAUGCUCUCAGUUUUAAGCGAUGAACUUACUUCAAAUUAUAUGAAAUUAACUUUUCAUUGAUUAAUACUGUUUUAUGCUUAACUAGUGCCUGAAGAAUUAAGAUGCCUUAUUUUAGGUGUCCCACCAUUUAAAGACAUUUCGAUUUUCUUCUCCAAACAAUCAAAAUAAUCCAGAUCAAAGAAAUCAAUUUAUUUGGGAAUUGUACAAGUAAUUCAAUGAGCGUUGUUCCUCUCAGGAAUACUCCAAAAGUGGAGAUCACACAAGACAAACAUUUAUUGAGAAUUAAUCUGUUUUCUUUAGAUUUCACAGAAAUAAAGACUAAAUGCGAGGAAAGAGGUCUAGAUGAUGCAAAGGUUUCCAUUCAACAAGUCCCGCUUUGCAAAAGCAUCCUUGUCACAGGCUUUUCAGACAUUACGCAUGAUUUUAUUGAACUGUACUUUGAGAGUCCUCGAAACGGUGGGGGUCCUGUGGAGAAGGUUGACUAUGUUCCUAAAAGUGGUCGAGCUGUGGUUGUGUUUCAAGACGCCAAAGGUCUGUAACUCAUUGAUCUCUAAGAUAUAAGUAAUUCCUUCAGGCACGAGUAAUCGUCAUCUGAUCCUCAUACAUGUGUAGUAAAUAUUGUUGCCCUGAUUUGAGCUGUACAUUGACAAAUUAGUAAUUGAUUGAUUAAUGGAUUGGUUGUUCAUUUGUUUGAUUGAUCGAUGAUCGAUUGUUUGUUUGAUUGCUUGAUUGAUUGGGUGACCUACUCUGCCCCAAUAACCCCAUCGUUCUAAGUCUGUGCGUCUCUCUCAAGUUAAAGUGUCAUGAAGUGUUGUGAAACGACAAACAACUUCCUCAAGGAAAUUCUUGACACUUAGUUGCUUCAAUCAACAGAUAUGGAAAGGGUGUUAACCAGACAUGAAAAGAAACCUCAUAAGUUUGACAAAACCCAGCUGUCAAUUAAAGCUUACCGAGAGUUUUUAGAAGACGAUGACGUUGAUGGAGCCGAGGAUUCCGGUGACAUAGGAGUUACUGCAACCGGGGUCAGUGAAUCUCGAGUGAGCCAGAGGCCUAAGGAGACCCGAAAAGCUUACUUUCAGAAGAAAAUUUCAGAUGUUCCCGAGGAGCGCUUAAUUUUGCUGCAGAAGAUAAAAUUUGCCGAGAAACUCCAAGAAGAGAACAAGGAUUUGAAGAUCAAGUUUGAUACUGAAGGUGAAGAAAUAUAUUUCGAAGGUCCCCAGCCGCAGUUUACUGAAGCAACCACGAAGUUCUAUCAACAAAUGGCUAAUAUGGUUGAGAAGAAACUGACUUUAUCCGGCAACAUUCUGGAGAUUUUCGUCUCAGAUGAAGGGCUACAGACUGUCAAAUGUGAGUUGGAAAGAAACAACGUGGAAGCAGUGUUCGUUGUUGAGAAAGACGCUACCAUAGUGGGGUCCUCAGCAGCGCAUGCAGACAACGCGGCGAGGCUCGUGAACAAGUUGACGGUAGAAGAGAAAAUUCAAGUGGACGAGAAAAGCAAGCAUUUUUUGAAGUCAUCUAAAUGGCUGAAGUUUUGUGACGAGAUGAACAAAACGACUGCCCGUGUCCGUAGGAACAACUGGAAUGAUGUGUACGUAGUUGGGUUUCGCGAUGAAGUGACCGAAGUGAUAAAGAAGUUAAAUACCUUUCUUGAAAACAAUUGCAUUAGGGAAGAACGUUUUUUGUGCACGUCUGAUUUUAUGCGAAGGUAUCUUCUUGAGCUACGUCAAGAAGAUCUACGCACCAUAGAAAAUCAACUAAAAGAUUUUGUAGUGAGUAUUAAAAGGGGAAAAGACGAUGAUGAUUUUAUUAUUUCUGGAAACAUAGAGGGUUUGAAUCGUGUGAGAGAGAAGCUCGACGCUCUGAUAGAUUCUAUUGAGUUGAAAACCUUUGAAGUGAAACAGCCAGGCCUUCGAAAAUAUUUUGACAGUGGAAAAGGAGACCAGCUUGUAAAAUCGGUGGAAAAAGAUCAAGAUUGUGCCAUAGAAGUCAAGAAAAAUUUAGGUCGAGGAGGAAGAGACGAGGAGUUACGCCUCGAAACCGUAUCCGACGCUUCUACCUCUUCAGGCGACAGCGACGAUGAUGCUGAGGAUGACCACCCUACUAUCAGUGAAACUGACUCGUCUACCCUGGUAAUAGCUCAAAGGCACAGAGUGUCCUGGAAACCUGGAGACAUAGGGGCAGAGAAGGUAGGAUUGACACUGAUUUCUAUACACAUGGAGAAUAUCUCACGGAAAUACCUUUGAGGAUCAUGUUGGUAUAUGAAUCGAUUUUAGUUCUUCACUUAGCUCUCGUCUGCUCUUAGACUGGUUACAUUAUUCAACGUCUCUCUUAUUGGGAGUGCCACGUCUGAUAGCGACAACAGUCCACCAUUAAUAAAUCAUCAACAUUUUUUGGUUGUGUAUUUCAGGCUGAAGUACUUGUCAGUUCUCUAGGAGCAUGCGAUCAAGCAAUCAUUGAUGCCGGUGGUCCUCAGGCCGCAACCCCCAACGUUGGUGACAUCACUGUCUCAGGCGGUUUUUCCUCAGUCAGUCAUGUGAUUCACACUCAAUGUUGUAAGUGGAAAAACGGUGGAGGGGAGCCGGUAAGGACCUCUCUUAAGUACAUCUCAUAGUAGUCAUUGUUUAUAUUUGCUGUAAGAUUUUGCUAAACGAUGUUGGAUGCCCAUCUGGCGAAGCCUAUCCAUUCUCUUGUAGGUUAAAGCAACUGGAGACUACUCAGGCUCGAUUUGAGAUAUUUCCGAUGUAGUUUACCUCACUCCUCUCCGAAUUCUUCGAGAAUGAUCAAUCGAAUAUUUAACGACAGGAUUAUUGCAUAAUGUAACUUGCAACUUCUAAUAUCAUAUGAAACUCCUUCUUAGAAAUUUUGUAGAAUUGGUAAGAGCAAAGAUCUUGCUAGAAAAAAAAAACAAAUUGAGAUGCGAAAUUUCACUACUAAACUACUUUCUGUGAGGUUGUUAUCCAAACAUUUUCGAUCCUGAUCCCGAAAGAAAAUGCUAUUUGUGUAAACAUCCUACCUGGUGCCCUCUCAUUAUCCUCUGAAAAAUGUUAAUAAAAUUUUAGGUUUAGGUAACUUUGAUCCCCGGAAAACAGAUUCCAGGAAGAAUAAAAAUAGCUUGAAAGGGAUUCAGUUUUUUAAUCUUUUUACUUUAAGGAGUGGCCAGUCAGUUUUUUUUCCUCCCAUCAUCAGUUCAUCAUCAACCAGAAUGGUGACGGACAGAGGUAAAAAAUUAUCAACGAGAGGAUAUUGCAUGACUUAACGCCAAAUUUUGACUGCCAAGUUCAUAAGAAAUGUACAGAACACAGUGUGGAGAAUUUCUAUUGAGAUCACAUAGGAAUAAGGGAAUUUACCAGGUCCCCUCUUGCCACCAAAUUGUCCGUGCCACCAACAUUCAACAACUUCUAUUUCAUCUGUUGUAGACGCUAAGGGCCAUCGUUCAAAAGUGUCUGCAAACAGGUGAAACGCUUGGAGCCAACUCCAUUGCAUUUCCUGUCAUUGGAACUGGAAACCUACAAUUCCCACGUGAUACAGCGUCGAGAAUCAUGUUGGAAGAAACAGUCAAUUUCUGCCGAGCCAACCCUGAUUCUAAUUUACGGGACAUCCGAUUUGUUGUGUUUAACCAAGAUCAAUCAUUAACUGCCGCCUUCAAACAAAGAGAUGGAAAACUGCAACCCAAAGCAAAUUACGCAACUCACAUUUGA